GAAGUGGAAAAUGAGGCAAAAAUGGAAGAAAAAGGACUUUUGGAGGAGGAAACCAUUGGUGUUGUUUUUAAGGAUGACUUCUCCUACACACUCAGAUUUCAAAUGGGCAAAGCAAUGUUUCCAAAUGAAGGCUUCGAGCACAUAGAAACGUGCUGGGAUUUUUCAGCAAGGCACUGCAAAGUCCCUCUGUACUGGUAUGGGGGGUUCCUCUCAGUGCAGUCCAGCAUUGAUGCAGCAGUCAUCGAAAUGAAAACCAAGCACUCUGUGUGGAGAGAAAUGAAGUCAAUUACUGGAGUUCACCUGCAAACUGUGAUGAAACCUCUGUUCAAACUGGAUUACCUCUGGUUCAUCAUCUGUGCCGUGCUGAGCUACUGCCCAUACAUGCACUUCUUGUCAGUGAAAGUUCUCAAGGAGAAGAAGAGGCUGAAGGUAUUGAUGAGAGCCAUGGGCCUGCAGGAUGUUAUCCUGGAGUUUGCUGUACACUGUGUAUGUCUCCCUCACAGCCAGCCUGCUGACCUGGGUCACCCUGAGUGAAGUUUAUAAUCACAGAAGCUUCUUGGAACUGUAUUUUUGUUAUUUCUUUUAUGGCAUGGCAUGUAUUCACUUCACUUUCCUGCUCAGCUCGUUGCUAAAGCAGCCAAACAUUUCCAGUUUUGUGGGAUUUCUCCUCCACAUCCUCUUUGGAGCACUGGGCUUUUUGACAUUGUUUGAAAAACUGCCACGAGCUUUGGAAUGGAUUUUAAACCUCUUCAGUCCUUUUGCUUUCACAGCUGGCCUUGCAACGAUGGUAAAACUAGAAAAAUAUGGGCCAGCAUCUAGCCCAGAGCUGUACCCUUUUUACAGCCUGUACCUCAUCCUGAGCUUUGACAGUGUCUUGUAUUUCCUGCUGGCCAUCUACUUUGAUAAGGUUUUGCCUGGCAAGUACGGGGUCCCACAUCCCCCUGCCUUCUUCCUGAGACCCUCCUACUGGCUGAGGGGCAGCAGAGGGGCCGUGGGGGUGAGGGCUGGCAGCAGCCACGACCCCGUUCUGGGUGGUGACGCCGAGCCGAUGCCGCCGGGCUUCGAUGGCAAGGAGGCCAUCAGGCUAAACAAUAUUAAAAAAAUAUACAAGAAGAACAGCAAGAGCAUCGAAGCUUUAAAGGGUUUGUCUUUAAAUGUAUAUGAAGGGCAGAUCACUGCCCUGCUGGGUCACAGUGGAUCUGGGAAAACUGCUCUGUUAAAUGUGCUCAGUGGAUUUUCCAAGCCUUCAGCAGGUUCUGCAAUGAUCUACAACUACAAUGCCUCUGAAAUUUGGAAUAUGGAAGGAAUGCAGGAAAGGGUUGGGGUUUGCCCCCAGAUUAAUUUGCAUUUUGAAGCCUUAACAGCAAAGGAAAACCUGAGAAUUUUUGCUCACAUCAAGGGGAUUCAGUGGAAGGAAGUAGAUGAAGAGGUGCAGAAAGUUCUCGUCAUGAUGGACCUCACUGACGUUCAGGAUGUUUGUGCUGAAGCCCUGAGUGGGGGACAAAAACGAAAAUUGUCUCUUGGAAUUGCAAUUUUAGGAAAUCCCCAGGUGCUGCUGCUGGACGAGCCCACGGCGGGGUGUCCUUGGAAGGCUCUUUGUGGGUAA